AAAAGGAAUAGAAAAACGUAAUCCUAUAUAUCUAGAAGGACUCAUCGUUGGUCUUUCAUUUGUUAAGCCGCUUCUUCUCGCUAAACAAAAAUGCAAAUUUCGGGUGUAAUCAGCGACGUUCCCGUUGUAAUUCCGUCUGCCGGCGGCCUCCGGUCGUCGGAACUGAGACACUGUCAUGCAUCUAUCGAUUCGAAGACUUCCAUUUCCGCUGGAUUCUUUAGAGGAUGUUCAUCAUUUUACAUGCCAAAGGCUGGAUCUAGUUUGGAUAAAUUUCGACUGAGGGGCUUAAGUAUUAGAGCUUCAGAUGAUUCUCGGAAUGUUUAUCCAGUUGCACCUCUUCAAUUUGAAUCCCCAGUUGGCCAGCUAUUGGCCCAGAUAUUGCAAUCUCACCCUCAUUUGCUUCCUGCAACUGUGGACCAGCAACUUGAUAACCUUCAAACUGAGAGAGAUUCGCAGACAGAAGAGGCUCCUUCCUCGUCUCAAGAUCCUCUCUACAAGAGGAUAGCUGAAGUGAAAGAGAAGGAAAGGCGAAAGACGUUAGAAGAGAUAUUAUAUUGCUUGAUCGUUGGAAAGUUUGUGGAGAAUGACAUUUCAAUGAUCCCCAAGAUAACAGAAACCUCAGAUCCUACCGGCCGAGUUGAUUUUUGGCCAAACCAAGAGCAGAAACUUGAAUCCGUCCAUUCUCCUGAGGCAUUUGAAAUGAUUCAAAGUCACUUGUCUCUUGUCCUUGGCGAUCGAGUUGUCGGUCCCUUCAGUUCCAUUGUUGAAAUGAGCAAAAUAAAACUCGGGAAGCUAUAUGCGGCUUCUAUAAUGUAUGGAUACUUUCUCAAAAGAGUUGACCAACGUUUCCAACUUGAAAGGACCAUGAAAACUCUUCCUGAAGCGUUUACAAAAGACUUUGACGAACCGAUACCAGCAAAUCAACUGUGGGAUCCUGAUUCCUUGAUCAGGAUUGCACCUGAUGAUGAAGGGUUCGGCGACAGCCGGGGACUUAUCGAUGCUGGUGAUGGCAAAUCAUACAGAUUGAGAUCCUACGUGAUGUAUUUGGAUUCUGAGACACUUCAAAGAUAUGCAACAUUGAGAUCAAAAGAAGCUAUAUCUUUGAUUGAAAAGCAGACUCAAGCACUGUUCGGUAAACCAGACAUUAGGAUAGCAGCUGAUGGCUCAAUCGACACAUUGAACGAUGAAGUGAUCUCUCUUACAUUCUCUGGGCUGACAAUGCUAGUACUGGAAGCUGUUGCCUUUGGAUCAUUCCUCUGGGAUGCCGAAAGCUACGUCGAAUCAAAAUACAACUUCAUCCAAAGCUGAAAUCAAGUUCUGUAUUUAUUACAUGGAUGUUUAUGGAAAAGUGUUUAAGACAUGCAUUUUUUGAAAGAUAGGUUGCUGAAUAUGAAGGUAAAAGCUUAUGCUCCAGUCGAGUCAGGAAGUUGUCGGGUUUAUUCAGCAAUGGAGGGAGGAAAAAAGGACUUUAGGUAUAUUUUCUUUUUGUCAAGGAUGUAUAGUGUACUAAUGACUUGGACAAAGACUAAACUUCUGUAAAUCAAAUUAGGAACUGAAUUAAUAAAAUUCUCUCCCCCUUCUCAAA